GUGACCUCACUGGAGUUACAGUUAUCCCCACAUGAAUCUUCUCCCCGUCUGUUUUGAGCUGGGACGGCCAAUAUCUGCUGCUCUGCGUACGGUAUCAGACCGCUGAGAGAUUGUCUAAAGACGGUUUAUCCUAGGUCAGUGUAAACUUUGGGGGAAAAGCUUCGUACCCGUUGUGUUGGACGUCGAGUUUCUGUCGCCUCCCCUCUCCGUACUUUCCUGGGACCCCUACCGAACUCAUAGCGCGUCUCUUCCGUCCUAUUUCUCCCCACGACUGAAAUGGCGGCAAGAGGAGGUGGAGCGGCUCAGAGACCCAACGGGAUUCCCAGAGAGAAAGUGUGCCAGUUCAAACUUGUCUUACUGGGAGAGUCGGCAGUAGGAAAGUCUAGUCUGGUACUGAGAUUUGUCAAGGGUCAGUUUCACGAGUAUCAGGAGAGCACCAUUGGAGCUGCCUUCCUGACUCAGACAGUCAACCUGGAUGACACGACGGUCAAGUUUGAGAUCUGGGACACGGCUGGCCAGGAGAGAUAUCACAGUCUGGCUCCCAUGUACUACCGAGGAGCUCAGGCAGCUGUCGUCGUGUACGACAUAUCAGACGGCGACACAUUUGUGAGGGCAAAGAACUGGGUGAAAGAGCUGCAGCGCCAGGCCAGUCCUAGUAUAGUGAUAGCUCUGGCUGGUAACAAGGCUGACCUCAAGGACAUCAGAAAAGUUCACAUUGAGGAUGCGCAGUCAUAUGCGGAAGAUAACGGUCUCCUGUUCAUGGAGACAUCGGCCAAGAGCGACCAGAACGUCCAGGAACUGUUCUUGGCAAUAGGUACAUACAGACAUACAUAGGUGUGUACUGUAGCUUUCUACCCAGGCCCUGCCCUAGCUAUCCUGCCCUAUCCUGGGUCCUGUGGCCAAAUAGAAAUGCAGAGGUGUAUGGUGGAACAUCCAAUAAGGGACCCUCCUAGAUAGGGACAACCUCAACCUGUACAUUUGUUUCAACCCCAUGCUAAUACAUUGUAUUACAUGUACUUAUACAUGUGUGUAUUAUUGGACCUCCGAGAUAAGGACGACCUCUCUACAAAAGACACUUGUUUCGACCCCAUGCUAAUAUUUUAGUGUAUUAUUUGACCUCCGAGACGGACCUCCGGACAACCUCUCACCAAGGGACAAAAUUGUUGGCCCUUGUUUGGAGGUUCCACUGUACAUUUGACCCAGAUGAGAGAUCCUGUAGUUUAUCAUAACUGUGAGGUGCUCCCUUUACGAAGGUGGUGUCUGGUAACAAACUUGUACAUCAACUUAUAUAGUCCCGUGCCGAGGCUGGGAUGAACAUUACUGAGCUUGCUCGUUGUGCUGACGUAUCAUACGUAUAGGGCACGUCUGAUCCUCGUGUCCUCUUGUACCGAUAUCCACAUCAGGCCUCCAAGGUGAACAGCCUCUAGUCGAUAGAACAAAGCAAGGGGAGUAGGCAAAAAGGAUCUGUAACUUCGGGAGAUGAGGAUAUGCUCUAAAGGCUGGUUCUGUCUCCAGGUCACAGGGAUAUUAGUGCCUUGAGUCAGCACAACCAAGAAAUGGUUUAAUAGUCACUUUUCCCCUCCAGAGGUGUACAAGACUAUAACAUAAUGUUCCAUAUGGACCCAGUCUUUUGUGUGAGGACGUUGAUUAUCAGUGGUGUGGGGGAGAAAACCGAGACAGCACUUUGUCUCCACUACUACUAGACAGUGCCCUGAUGAGUUGGGAUUCAUUUCACAUACAGUAGAUUCCCAGAAUCAAAUGGCACAUUGUGUCUUCCAAGGCUUCACCACCGCUGUGUGCGUACAUACGUGUGUGGGUGUGUAGGUCCAAUAUUGUUGUAUGAUUGUCUGGGUUGCACUAGGAUCCUGCCUAUGUGUAUUGUGCAUCAUCACAGCAAAUAAACUCCCCAAGAGUGCAUCUGGUUCACCUCGGACAGGCACCUUGGAGCCCAAUGUCUCUGACAGGAUGCGACAACAAGUGAGCACCAGUCAUCUUGUUUGCCUUGUGACCUUAUCCCCCCC